AUGGCUUCUUCUAUCCAAUCUUCCGCGCUCGCGCGCAUCAUCGACAAGACGACCAACAUUGUCGACACUCUCUUCAACAACAACAUGGACGACGCUCGCCCCGCGAGCGACAACAACACCGGUCUCAGCGAUUCUGCCGACAUCGACACCACCUUCAACGUGGUCAUCGCCAUGAUCCUCAUCUCUACUGUCACUGGCAACACUAUCCUGGCCGCCCUCAGCGCCAUUUUCCUCAUUGUCGUCCUCAGGAUCACCACACCCGAGUCCCUCGACACCCCUACCAAUGUCGACGCUACCCUCACCUCUACUCCCAGCCAGGACGCUCACAACGACAAUGAGCCUUCCUCACUCAUUGUUCCUGCCGACGAGAAGGUCCGAAUUUACCAUCACAUUCGUCCCACCGUCGACAUCACCGAGGUCGUCGCACCCACUACUACCACCAAUGGCGGCACUACAGCCACAACCAACAACGACGACGAUUCCUUCGGCGCCAUCGCAUCCGACAAGUUCGACCACAAGACGUUCGAGAAGCACCUCAAGGAGGACAAGAUGUACCUUGUGCACUUGCCCAUCCCAAACCCGUCUAUCACCACCACUGAGCUCAAGGCGGCUCCCAUUGUUCAGACGACAAAGAUCGUCGAAGCGGCCCGUCCCGAUCCCAAGAAUGUCAACAUUCCGAUCGUGGACGGCAAACUCUCCACGAUUUACGAGGAGGACGAGGAAGAGGACGUUGAGCUCCCACGAUCCUGCGACGAAGCCGACAAAGCCGACAGCAGCUUCAACGACCUCGAGGACUUCAGCGACACCGAGGAAAAUAUCAUUGCCUUCGUUAAGAAGGUCCACAGACUUUGCGACGAACUUGACAAAGUCGAGCGCUUUUCUGACCCCGUGGAGCACACCAUUGCCCUCGCCCGAGACAUCGAGGCCACAUUCCAACAAUGGGAUGAGGAGGAUCUGGAGACCUUCUCAGACAGCGAGGAAGACGCCAUUGCCCUAGCAAAGCAUAUCGAAGCCACCACACGGCCCAGCCCGCCCGAGUCUCCCGCCCGCGCCGCUUCUCCAGCCCGCACCCCGGAGGGCCCCGCGGCCCGCUUCACUGCUUCCGGAUUCCUCAUCGAAACUCCGGACAACUCCCCGGAUCCACGUACUCCAAUCCGCCCUCCCGCCUGUACCCCCGAGGCCGCGCCUCCUCAAACUCCAAUCGGCCCUCGCGCCUUAAAGCCUAUCUUCGCCUCCCCCGUUGGAGAGUCUUUCUCACACACUCGCAAAGUGUCCAACGAAACAAACACUAGCGAUGAAACCGACAACAGCAAGACGACUGCCACCGCGCCCGAUUCUCCAGCGACGCAGUACUCGAGCCCCGACAAUGUAUAUGAAUACCAGGCCAUGACCGGCUUCACGGUCUGCCUCUCCGCCAAGAAGUCCACCAGGAUCGAGUUUGAUCCCAUCGCCCAACCUGGCGAUGAUAUCCACUACGACAGAAGGUUGCUCAAAGAAGAAACCCCUUCGCCUUCUCCUGCGCGCUGCCGCAGCCAAAGCAGCAACCAGUUCACAUCAUCCAACGGCUCGGAAGACAUGAGCACCCCUUACGACUUCACCAACUAUCGGGGCGAGUUGGAGAUGCUCGCAAUCUUGGAGCGCCCAGAGGGAGGGAGAUAUGCCAAGAUGAGCUGCGGAAACUGGUACUGGUUGAAUGACGACGGCACACUUGAUGAGCUGAGCUGGCCAGAAUACAGAGAGCUCAUUGCCUUCAUUGUCGGGGAUGUGGCCUCUCUGCCCGCUAAACUUCAUCAAACCGCUCUACACGAAGCGGCCAAGCUACAGAACGAGAAAGAGCCAAUUGCGACCAAUAAAGAAGAAGAACUCCCACUGCCGUGGGUGCCGUGGGAUAGUGCCGGUGAGCCGGAGACCGUGCUUGAGGUCAACCAUGAGGAGGAGCUCCCACUGCCGUGGGUCCCAUGGGAUGAGCCAGAGGUUGUAAACCCAGAGCUCGAGCCUAUGCCCGAGGAUCAAACUGACGAGAACACCAACACGAGCAUCACGAAGGACAUCACCGAGAUCAACACCACAAAUGUCGCUGCGGAAGUUGCGGAGGACAUCAUCAACUCAGAUCAACCUGAUGAGAAGUGGUGGAAGGCGGAAGAGAUGCCCCCCAACUGGUUCGUCAUCGAACACAUCCCGUGCCCCGGCGAGAACUACCACUUCGCUGAGUACGUUCGUGGAAGUGACGACAUGUGGUACUUCCGCCUUGCCGGGCCUGAGUACAGGCCCCUGGACGCACGGGAGCUCCGCUGGUUCCUCAGCUGGCGCCAUGACGCUCGACCUAUCAACACCAUCGUAGAGCUUGAGGAAGACGAGUUCUUCUAA